AUGUUACGCGGUGGUUCGCUUUCUAAGAGCCGUGUAGAUUCGUUGGAUGAGGAUCAUGCACAGACCUCACUACGAAGUGUGAAGAGGAAGAAAGGUCAACGGGUCUAUGUGUUAGUACCACAGCCUCCUCCUGAGCUUAGGAGGGCUAUCAAGAAACGAAAGCUGGAGGAUCGAGGCAUAGUCUCUGGCUCAGAGGAAGAGGAAGAGUCCAAAUACAAUGAUUUCGAGCAAGCCCUCAUAGCGGACUGCAGAGUUCGAAUGGUUGAGAGACCCUGCCAAUGGAAUGGAUGUGAUGCUCUGAUGAACAACGGGGAGAACCUCUAUUUGCAUCUCAAGUUGCACGUGCAAGAGGCUGGGUCUCAGGGUUUUUUUACAUGCCGCUGGCAGUCAUGUCCUCGAAGACUCAAGUCGGCAGCAGCUUUGGAGAAACACCUACAGAAACAUUCGUACUUCCCUCUGCCAUGUCCUCUUGCAAGUUGUUCAGAUGUUUUCGAUAAACCAGUUGAAGCGAUGGGACAUGAAGUGCGACAUCAGCAACAGGAAUCAAUCAAGAAGUUGGAGAUGAAACAGCCCCCAAAACCUUUCGCGCCAAAAAUACCUCCCAUGCUAGAUCCUCCACCCAACAGUCUACCAUCCUAUCGUGUGGAACCGAGAUACAUUCGCCAAGCUCAUAUCCCACCUCAACGCCAUGCCGUGAUCGGUCCCUGGGUUCUUCAACACAUAUUUGGCCCUGUCGAACAAAACCUGAGAAAGCAGAAUGCAUCUAUGCGACUCCGAUACCCGCGCCCCGACGCUCGUCCGGAGAACCUGGAUAACUUAAGGGCAAGACCGGACGAAUAUGACUUCCUGGCAUCACUGUCGACAUCGCCAACACGAACGAUCCGAUACGAGGAUCUUGAUUCUGGAGAAGUGUCACUGGCACUACUUGACGGGCUCACGCUGUGGGAUACAGAUUCAAAUAGUCGUCAAGAAAAUUCGAAUCCCAAAGAGGAGGGCUCGGAUCUGACAAAAGACAUGGUGAUCGAGGUGCCAGAGGGAGGUACAUCUGUAUCCGUGGAAGGAUCUGGCAAUUUACCCAUGGGCGAGGCCUCAACCACGACGGACGGAAUGGAUGGUAGUCACUGUACUACGGAGGGCGCCGUGGGGGAUGAAGAGGCUGUGAUAAUGAUGUUAUGGGAUUGA